AAAAUCGAAGAAUAUUAAGAUGAGGUUAGGUUUCUGCAGAUUAUUAUUUGCAAUUAAAAUCGAAGAGUAUUUUCUCCAACAAUCGUUACGCACACCCUUGUAUGUUUUAGUCUCUGUAGAGAAGAAAAUUAAACCAGUUGGUAACAAUGGCAUUGCAAUCCUCUCCGCCCCAUAACAGUUCUGAUGAUGGUUACAAUUCUGUUGCCAAAGAUGUUGAUUCUGAUCUGGACCAAGAUUGUGAUUCUUGUAUAAUGAUAUGUAAUCAAUGUGAGAAACCACGGAAGAAGGGGCCUGGUGGUUUUCUUAUCGGGGAUAUGGUCUGCUCCGCUGGAAUCUAUAAAGCCUCAGACGUGAACUUGGAAUUUUUUGGAAAAUUUACAAAGUUUGGUGAGAGAAUGAAGGAAGUGCUCAAUGCCAGAGAGUCCUUGAACUCAAAGCCGGAGUCGAUCCCCACAAUAAGGGAUGAUUCUAUCCCCCUGUACACUCCGGAUUUUGAAUUUUACUCUCAAAUUGUUCCAAAGUUGAUUUCAACAGUGCCGGAAGAAUGACAAUUUAAGCGGUUCAAGUCAGUUGGUCGUUGGCAAAGAUAAACUUACUUUGUUAAGCUUCAAACCUUAUGUUGUCAAGUCUUGUUGUUUAUUGUUAUCAAGGACUAAUUUCUGGAUUUUCAGCUAUGGAUGUGUGUUGCUAUUUCUUUUUUGUUA